GAGAGGAAGAAGGUCUCCUCUGACAGUCAUGUUGUUGUUUACAGUUAGACAGUGACACGGCGACCUCGGCCUCUUAUUUACAUUUGCUGCCUUAUUUAUUACUUUUCUUCAUGAAUAGUCUGUAGCCUGUGUUUAUAUCUGUAACAGCCCCGCUUUUUAUUAGAGUUUUGUUUGCCAGCUGCCGCUAAGUUAGCGAGCCGGCGGCCGACUCUUGGUGGAUGUGAGUCAGCUUAACUUUAUGCUAGGCUAGCUACAGCUGUCGCUUUGAAGCAAUCCCUUUGUGUCAUCAUGGACCAAAGUGACUCUUACCCAGUGAAACUGUACAUUUACGACCUGUCCAGAGGCAUGGCCCGCCAGCUGAGCCCCCUCAUGCUGGGGAAACAGCUUGAUGGGAUAUGGCACACUGCUAUUGUGGUCCAUGGGAAGGAGUUCUUCUUUGUAGGAGAAGGCGUCAACAGUUGUUCACCUGGCGGCACCCCUUUGGGUGAGCCUGACUCCAUAGUGGACCUGGGCUCCACUGAGGUGCCUGCAGAGAUCUUUAUGGAGUACCUGACUUCACUGGCAGAGUCCACAUACGGACGUGACAAGUACAACCUGUUUGAGCACAACUGCAACUCUUUCAGCAACGAGGUGGCUCAGUUCCUCACGGGCAAGAAGAUCCCAUCGUACAUCACAGACCUUCCAUCUGAAGUACUAGCCACGCCUUUUGGCCAGGCUCUCCGUCCCUUACUGGAUUCCAUCGUCAUAAGUCCUGGAGGCAACAACAUAACUGGACAGCGAUAGACCGAGCUGUGUACAUUUAAGAAAAUAAUUUAAGGGUUUGGGCGAGAGUGGGACACUCACCCUCACCAGCCAGACCCUGAUAACAUCUCUACCUGUGGUUGACAGGUUGAUCUGUGCUAUAAGUCACUUUUCUAGCUAACCAGCCAUCAUUUGGAUGGUCUUCUCUAUUCAGUUACAGGGUUUAAGGUGUGCCAGCCACUGGGGGACAGGGGACUAAAAAGAGUAGAUUUCUACUCUGGAUGUGAUAAAUCAGAUGCAGCUACGCAUUUGUGUGUUCAUAAAGAGAGAGUACUUUACCUGGUUUAACCAA